CACGCAAAAACCUUUGUUGCAGUUUUCGCCAUCUGCCUCAUUUACUUUGCGCAAUUAGUAAGCCUCGUCGGGGCUGGUGCUCAAGGACAAACUAUUGCCGGCCACUUCAAUGCAACUGACAAGACAAGUUGGUUCUCAGCCACAAUUACCAUCAUGACCGUCAUAUUAGGCCCUAUCGUCUCCCAGGCGGCAGAUUACUGGGGUCGAAAGUGGUUUCUCGUACUUCCCACACUAUUUGGGGCGGUAGGCUCACUUGUCGUUGCUCGAGCUCCGGAUAUCGACACAGCCAUCGCCGGAUUCUGCAUCAUCGGCAUCGCUUUCGGUACACAGCCGCUACUUCACACCGUAAUUUCGGAAGUUCUGCCAAGGAAAUGGAGGUCAUACGGCCAGGCAGCGGCCAUGAUAUCCAAUAGUCUGGGGAGUAUCACCGGUCUAAUCGUUGGAGGUGCCUUCAAUAGAACCAACGACCCGGCCUUUAACGGUUUCCGGUAUUACUUCUACAUGGCCAUGGCUUGGUACUUGAUUGCUGCCAUACUCUGCGUUGUUGUUUACAACCCACCGCAAACAGAUAUUCAAAAGACGCUCUCUAGGAUGGAAAAGUUGGCCAAGCUCGAUUGGAUCGGAUAUUUCCUGCUCGCAGCUGGGCUUGUCCUAUUUUGCCUUGGACUAUCCUGGUCGAACAAUCCGUACAAAUGGUCUGAUCCGCACGUCUCGGCAACUUUCGCGAUUGGUCUCACCUUGGCGCUGGGACUCGUUGCUUACGAGACAUUCGCGAAGAACGACGGCAUGUUUCAUCAUGGUCUAUUUAACGGCAAUCGCAACUUCUCCAUCUCUGUAUUCUGUGUCUUCGCCGAAGGAGUAGCCUUUUUCGCAGCGAACACAUACUUCGCCUUCCAAGUUGGUGUCUUAUAUGAGACAGACGCCAUUAUCGUCGGGGCUCGCUACAGCUUGAUGCUAGUGUCUGCGGGCAUUGGCGCAGCUGUCGCUAGUUGGUACUGCACCAUCACGAAGAGAGUGCGAUGGAUCACCACCAUUGCGUUUCUAAUAUUCGUCGUGUUCUUCGCAUGUAUGGCGACGACAAAUUCCAGCAGUAGCAAUCCGGUCUGGGGAUACCCGAUAUUGCUAGGCGUUGCUUUAGGCAUGACGUUAACAACUCUCGUCACAGCAGCCCAGCUAAGUAUUCCACCAGAGCUCAUCUCAGUCGCUAGCGGUCUCAUCAUCAGCGUUCGGUCACUUGGUGGGACGAUUGGUAUUGCUAUUUACAGUGUCCUGUUCAAUGACGGCAUGAGCCACACGUAUGCAAAUAUCGCCCAAGCUGUUCUGCCAGCAGGGUUCGACGCUAUGGACCUCCCGUCUCUUAUCACGGCUCUCAAUUCUCAUGAUCAGAGCGCUCUCGCUGAAGUUCCAGGUGUUACUCCGGAUAUUCUCUCGCGGGGAACUCAUGCACUUCUUGAUACUUACGCCGAAGCCUUGAGAAAUGUCUGGAUCUCGGCGAGUUGUUUCGUUGCUUUCGCAGCUAUAGCCUCUGCAUUUCUUUUUGAUCUCGAGAAGGAGUUCAAUGACCACAUUGAUGCUCCUCUGGAAAGGAAA